CUGAAUCGUCACUUACUCGUACGGCUACCUGCGACAUCCAUCCAUAGCUGCGCCAGUGGGCCUCGCUCAGGCUUGGGUUCCCGGCUCCUUUUAUCCCUCCACACGCCCCCUAAUUUCUAGCCCGGGCUAGUCACCACAGCGGCCUUAAUUACCUGCCAGCGCUGCCCGAGGCCCUGCAGUGGGCGCUGUUACGCGCGACUUUGGACGCCCGGAGGAUGCGCUCAGGCUCAGGCAACGCAUGCUCGGACGCUGUCGUCGACAAUCCCCGAGCCACGUCCAGGCUUAAGCCCAAGCCUCACCUCCAACCGCAACCUCGGACUCAGUCUCAUUCUCAACCUCGACCUCAGCCUGAACCUCAGCUGCGGCCUCAACCCAGCCAUCACCCUCACCAGCAACAGCAGCCUCGCCACCCGAUCAAGCCGCAACCCUCCGCCUCGCGACUGUCCGCCUCCAAGCCCGCGCCGCAGCGACCAGCGACCAAAGCCUCAACGACAACGACGACAACAACAACGACGUCUGCACCUCGAUUGGGCUCGACUCCGCCCGAUCCCCAAGGACCGCCCCUCACCCGCCCGACAGCUGCGCGACAGCCGAAUCAACAUGUGCUUUCUGUGAGAGCUGCCGCUACUCCGACUACGCGUUCUUCCACCAAGAGGGACGCCGCCACGAUGCCUCCCGGCGACAAGCCUCGCCAGCCCCAGCUGAGCGCUGGAGCCCCCCGAGGCAUGACCCGAACGCCCCUGACCCCCAAGGUCGCCGUCAAGGGCCCGCCAGCAACCACGCCGCUGGCUCGCAAGUCCUCGUCCGUCGCCGGCGCGCAGUCGCCGCGCGGCGAGAGCGCCGCAGCUCCUCCGGGUUCAUACCUCAGCCAUAAUGGCACCCCGCGGUCGGGCGCCAGGCAGUCCCGUGCCGAGAGCACCGUCUCGACGGGCAGCUCGGCGAAUCUCGACAAGAUGAGCGACGGUGGGUGGGAGACGAGGAGCAACCGCGGCCUGGGCGUGUCGCCCCUGGCUCGUAACGACAGCCUGAGCUCCAGGAGGAGCGUCACCAGCUCAUCGUCCACCGGGCCGGGCGAGGACUCCAAGUUCUUCUACGCGAGCAGCGUGAAGCCCUCGGCCCAGGCACCGCCGCCCCGACCGGCCUCGGUCGUCCAUACUAAGAGUACGCCGACCUUCUUCUACGCGAGCGAUGCCGCCAGCAAGCGAGUGACGAGCCCUCCGGCAUACCCCAGCUCAAGCACCCACUCGCUGGCCUCGGCGCAAGAGGGCGUCGCUACGAAAUUCUUCUACGCCAACGGCGUGCCAGACAUGGACGCGAGGCUGUCGGCGCGCAGUUCCGGGACGGGCUCGACCAUCUCCAGCGGCUCCAGGGCGACGCGCGCCAACACCAGCAACUCCUCGGCCGUGGGAUCCAGCACGACUCAGCUAUACUCGCGGCCGGCAUCACCGUCAAAGAAUCUUACACACCCUACCCUACCACAGCAGCAGCAGCAUGCGCAACCGACGCUCC